GUGUGUGUGUGUGUGUGUGUUUGUGUAUGUGUGUGUUGACGCUCACUGUGCUCAACGGAACCCGAGGAGCUCCGACCAGUCGUUUCUGACCUGAGUGGGAAAGAGGAAAAGCGGUAGCAGGAGCUGUCGGAAAAAGCCCACGGAACAGGUGAUCAAAAUGAAGCGGACCUCCUCCUUAUCGUUUCUCUGCGCGCUGCUGGCCUGGUGCGGCCUGGAGGCCGCGCUGUCCCUGGCCCCCUCCUACGGGGAGCGGGGCUCGGAUCUGGGCAUCCAGGUCUUUCAGCAGGUGGUCCGGUCCAGGCCCCUGGAGAACGUGGUGCUCUCCCCCCACGGGGCGGCCUCCGUCCUGGGCAUGCUGCUGCCCGGAGCCCACGGGCAAACGCGCAAGCAGGUCCUGAACGCUCUGCGCUACAAGAGAAACGGACCUUACAAGAUGCUCAAGAAACUGCACAAGACCCUGACCGCCAGGUCCAACCAGGACGUGGUCAUGAUCGCCAACGCCAUGUUCAGCCAGGCGGGUUUCCCCAUGGAGGAGGCUUUCGUGGCCACCAACAAGGCCAACUUUCAGUGCGAGAGCAGGAGCCUGGACUUCGGCGACCCCGACUCGGCGGCCGAGGCCAUCAACGGGUGGGUCAGCAACAAGACGAGAGAUCUACAGCUGUGGACCAUCGCCGCCGUUUCAGGUCACAUCCCCAGCCUGGUCCGAGCGGACAUGUUGGAUUCGGCGCUGACCCGCCUUGUGGUCGUCAACGCGAUCUACUUUAAAGGACUGUGGAAGUCCUGCUUCCAGCCUCAGAACACCAAGAUGAGGCCCUUCACCGGGGGCGACGGGAGCGUGUACAAAGUCCCAAUGAUGUCCCAGCUCUCGGUCUUCAACAUAGGCGUGGCCACCACGCCCGGCGGGCUCAAAUACAAAGUGAUCGAGCUCCCCUACCACGGCAACACCAUCAGCAUGCUGAUCGUGGUGCCGUCCGAGGAGGACACCCCCCUGUCCCGUGUGGUCCCGCACAUCAGCACGGCCACGGUGCAGAGCUGGACCAAGCUCAUGCACAUGAGGAAGGUCCGCCUGCUUCUCCCCAAAUUCACCGCAGAUGUCGAAGUCGAUUUGGAAGAGCCGCUGUCCAGCCUGGGGAUAACGGAUAUGUUCAGUGAGGACAAAGCCGACUUCAGACACCUCAGCGCUGACCCCGUGCACGUAUCCAAGGCCCUCCAGAAAGCCAAAAUCAUAGUGAACGAAGACGGGACAAAAGCGGCGGCCGCCACCACCGCCAUUCUGCUGGCCCGCUCCUCUCCACCCUGGGUGACGGUGGACAGGCCUUUCCUGUUCCUCAUCAGACACAACCAAACGGGUACCGUCCUAUUUAUGGGCCAGAUCAACAAGCCCUGAGAUCCAGGUGGUCUGGCCGAGUCCCGAGGCCUCUCCCACAGCACACAAACAUGCUCAUACACUGCCAUGUAUGAGCAAACACACACACGCUCACACACGCACACACACGUGGCUGUAGACUGUACAAUGUGGACAUUUGAUAUUUGUUUUAAAUGUGCUUUUUAUGUUACUCAUUUUCAGUGAUGCUAAACAUUCUGUAGAAAAUGUUUUUUGCAGACUAAAAUUUUUUCUGCUCUUUUAAUUUUUUUGUAAACUCUUUUGACUUUAUUACAUUUUUAAGAGACUUUGAAUGUCAGUUGUGGAUUUUUCUCAACUUCGGAGUAGACCGUUCAGUUUAUUUAUCGCCAAUUUUAAUUUCCAUCUUAAAUCCCGUAACUCCAGCAUGUGUUGCAUUUCUCUCCCAAGUCAUGUCGAUAUGCAUCUUAUGGUCUUUUCUUACGACGACUACUUUGGAGAAUAUCUUCCCCUCGCAGAGGAGGUCUUCUGUUGUACUUGUUUCACAUUUGGAUAAAAUAAAUGCACAUAUUUAUAAA